GCAAUAACCAACCAGAACAAAUCUUCGGGUCAUCUCUGCGCCGCCGCCAUCGACAUGUCCGCCUCCACGCAUAAGGCCAAGCUUGCAGCGUUCAGUCCAUGCCAGAGCUUCUUUGUCUCAAUCUCCGACGACAACCGCGUCAAAGUCUGGGAUGUUGCAUCUGGCUCGCUUCGGCAAGAACUGAAAGAGCGUGACCACUUGACGUACAAAUACACGUCGCUCGCGUGGACCAAAGCUUCUCCAUGGGCCGCCAGCAGUAGCAGCUCCUCUAAGAAGGGCACCAAGCGGUCGGCGACCAGCGACCUUGGCGUGCUGGCGCUGGGCACGACCACCGGCGCGAUCGUCGUGUGGAACUUGGAAAAGGGCGAAGUGGGUGUCCGUCUGGCCCGCGAAACGAGCGAGAACGGCCACGCCGCCGCGGUCACGGACAUUGUGUUUGCAUCGUCGGGCGCGACGUUGUUUUCGUCGUCGAAUGAGAAAAACGUGUUGGAGUGGAACGUCAAGGACGCCAGCGUGACCCGCAAGUUCAAAGUCGGCUCGGACGGCGCGUCCAAGCUCGCGUUGUCCAAGUCAGAUGACGUGCUCGCCGUCGGCAGCAGCAGCAUCAAGCUGUUUGACGUUGCGUCGGGCAAAAAGAGCAAAAAGCUCACGUCUGGCCACGCCACGGCCGUGUCUCAACUGGCCUUUUCCGACUGCGCGCGAUACCUGUUUUCGUCUACCGGCGAGCGCUUUAUCAACGUAUUUGACGUGUCUGCCGAGUCGACCGACCCGCUCUACAACUUUGCCGCCGAUACCAGCCUUGCGACGCUGGUGACGCGUGUGCUCGUGGCCAAGAAGGCCAAGCAUUCGGUGGCCACUGUCGCGUCGGUUGCCGACAAUGGCUCUGUGUUUGUGUGGCAGCAUGCGAUGACGUUGUCUUCCAAGCCCGUGCUCGCCGCCACCCAGAUCACAGCGUCAGCGGCGGUCCAGUUGGCGGCAUUCUCGGUCGACAACACCAAUGCCGUCAUCGUUGCGCGAGGGUCGAUCCACAAACCGCACUUUGAAACCGUGGCGUUCGAAAAGGACGGCGCGAUCGUGUCGGCGCAUGUGACACUGUCAGCGUUGGACACGUCGUCACUGCUUGUCGCAAAGAAGAGCAAAGUGGAAAAGAAUGCCGAGGACGUUGCCAAGAAGGGCGACGCGCACGUUCCGACGUUGGUCGAACGCGGCACGGCCAAAACAUCGACGAUGGUGGAUGCCACCGCCGGGGCCGUGGUGGACGAAGCCGAAGAAACAGAAGAAACAGAAGACGACGACGAAGAAGCAACGCUGGAAGACCGGCUGCAGCUUCUCCGUGACGAUAUUGAUGACAACGAAGACAUUGAAGACGAUGCGUUGACAACUGUGACACCGCGCCCCCAUACGCUGAGCCGCGCCAAGGCUCAAGCGUCGUCAACAUCCCUUGUGAGUGUGCUGGAGCAGGCGCUGCAAUCCAAGGACAACGCGCUGCUCGAGCACUGCCUCCGCAUCCAUGAUCCCAAGGUCAUCGACGAGACGUGCCGCCGCCUCAACACCACGCGGGUGUUUCCGUUCCUGUUGCUACUCGUGGAAAAGUUUGAGAAGCGGCCCACGCGCGGCGCCACCAUGUGCCAGUGGAUCAAGUUCCUCAUGCUCAACCACACGGCGUACCUUAUGACCGUCCCCGACGUGAUUGACAAGCUCAGCACGCUGUACCAGUCGUUGGACGCCCGCGUCAAGGUGUUCCCCCAGCUACACAAACUGUCGGGGCGGUUGAAUUUGGUGCUUGGGCAAAUCGCCGGCCGAUCCAACGUUGAAGUGGUCGACGAUGCCCCGGAUGUCGUGUACAACGAAGCGGACGACUACGAGGAAGACGAAGAAGAAGAAGAAGAAGAGGAACACGACGAGGAAGACGACGACGAUGAGGAAGACGACGAGUAAACAAUAGAUUAUAAUAGCUAAACACGCACGUAUUAUGGUAA